UGUGGUUAAAGUUUUUAAAAAUUAGACUUUUUAGUUUUUACUUAUGGCACUGCCUGUGUUGUUUUACUAAAAUUGUGGUUCGUAAUUUGUAUCGUUCUUUGAACGAAAAUAGGCUAAACCUUUGAUAUUUUGUUAUAACUUUUUACACAAUUUACUUAUCGUAUAAUCUGUUUGUUUAUUACAUAUUAUCCUAUAUAAAUCGUGCGAGAAAUGAAUCCUUGUUCCAUAGCGACACCUCAGCAGGAUACUGAAGGCGAUGGAAGGUGGAAUAGCAUUCACAACAGAUUUCUUUCUGAUGCGAAAGGGAAAGAUGCCGAUGUGAUCUUCCUAGGCGAUUCUAUAUUGCAAGCAUUAGAGCAUACUGAAGUGUGGAAUCAAUGGUUUGCGCCACUACAUUGCCUUAACUUUAGUAUUCAUAGAGACCAAACUCAGAAUGUGUUAUGGCGCAUUAGAAAUGGGGAGCUGGACCAUGUAGAGCCAAAAGUCAUUGUAUUGCAUGUAGGAACAAAUAAUGUUGAAUAUACAGCAGAACAGAUUUGUGAGGGUAUAUUAGAAAUUAUUCAUACAAUUCAAGAAAAGCAUCCCAAUGUUUACAUAGUCAUACCUAGUCUUCUUCCUCGUGGCCAACAUCCUAAUUUAUUAAGAGAAAAAAAUUUCAAGAUAAAUCAACUUUUAAAAGAAAAGGUGGUCCAUAUGAAGAAAGUAGAUAUGGUAUUCAUUGAUAAAGGUUUUAUUCAAAGUGAUGGUACCAUAAGUCACCAUGACAUGCAUGACUAUCUAAUACCUACAAAUGCAGCAUGUCGGAAGGCAUUUGAGCCAGUUCAUGAUCUCUUGCAUCAAAUAUUAUCCGAAGGAGAGCCAGAGAAAGAUUUGACACCAUCAGAAUAAGAUCCUUUAUGAUCUUUCUAGCAUUUCUUUCGCAAGCUCAUGUGAUUAUACACUAGUACUUAUUUAUAUUUAGCUUUUUUUAUUAUAGGCUAAGAAUUUAAUGUAACAAAUAAUUUAUUUGUAACUCAUACAUUCCUUAUUUAUUAUGUAUAGGCUGUGCAAUUUGGACUGAAAUAUUUCUGAAAAAAAUAUUGUCAGAAAUAUACAAAAUUAUGAACACUAAAGAACACAUAAUUAGGUGAUAAAGCAACAAUAUUUUUGUAAGUAAUGAAGUACUUAAAUUUUACAAAAUGUUGAAUGUGGUAAACUCAAGAGAAUGGUAAAUGAGUGAUGUAAAUGUUUUAUAAUUAUUGUCAAUAAACAAUAAUAAACAAACCCUACCACUGGCACAUGAUUUGGUUUGAACCUUUUUAGCGUAUGGCUUAAAAAUAUUUCUCUUCUUUUUUUAUGAAUGGCAUGAUUAAUAUGUAAUUAUACCAUUAUGAGCAUUAAAAUCUAUGAAAACUUACAUCUUAGUUGAUAUUAUUUGUACGGAAAUCACCAAUUUGCUUUCAAUUAUGACCAAAGAUUUUUUUUUACCAAAGCUCCAAUUUCAAUAUUUCAAAAAUGUGCUAAUUCAUAGAAAAUAUUGUGAAAAAAGAUCUCAUUCUCAAAUAUUUGUUAAAAGGUUGUUAACAUGUACCAAUUAAUAUAAAAUGUAAGCUACUUAAUGAAAUAUAUUUCUUUUGCAUGAAUAUUUGAUGUAGUGGAACUACAAUAAUUGUAGUUUCAAUAAAAAAAUUCUAAUAACACUUUUAAUCAUUAUUAUAAAUCAGAAAUCUGUCAUGUAUAGGCUAUUAUAUUUAGCUACUCAAGUUGCCAAACUGCUGGAAUCUCAUGACUGUUAAUUUGCAUUACAUUGAUAAGGCUUAAAAAUAAAGUGCAAUUGUUUCUAAAA